AACGAGUUAAAAUGAAGCUGCUGGUGGUUUUGCUAAGCUUGAUAUCAUUUAUUCUUGCUGCCACAGAGGAUGAAAUCUACAUGGCAUGCAAAUGUACCUUGGACUAUAAUCCUAUUUGUGCGAGUGACGGCCAAACGUACGCUAACGAGUGUGACAUGCGGUGCGAAAACGUCAAAAAUCCAAAUUUUCAUGCGUACAAAGUUGCGGAUGAACCGUGUACUUCGAAGGAAAUCGUGCUCCUUCAAGAACCAGUCGCCGGAAGAAUAUCUAGCCGUCUUAAUCACAGUUGUCGUUGUAGUAUGCAUUCUAGAAAAGUGCUCAGUUUCAUCUUGGUUUCACUGAUGCUGAUUGCAGUGCAUGCUGGCGUAAAAACCACUACCGAAAUGUCCGAAUGCGUCUGUCCGCGGAAUAUAGAUCCAGUUUGCGCUAGCGAUGGGAACAGUUAUACCAACAAAUGCGUUAUGGAAUGCGCAGAGAGUAAAUCGAAAACCAAACUAACCGUCGCAAUACAAGGAUGGUGUCCAGGAAGAUGAUUUUUGGAACCAUCUAACCGAAUAGUAUUUGUUAGUCACAUUUCGAAAUAUGUUUGUGGAAUUAUUUUUAAAUAAAUUGAAUAUUAAAAUCAAA